AAUUAAGACGUAGAUAACCUAAAAAAAACAGUCUCGAAUUUUUUGAUCGAUUCGUCUUUCGCGUUCGUGUGAUGUGAUUUAAAAUGCCAGCACGUGUAACAGAAGUGAAAUGCAAGCGUUGCAGAACGGUUCUUUUCACUGAAGAAGCAACUCCGCUUUUGUCAGCUCACGGCGAAAUUCGAAACACAUCAGAAAAUUUGCCAUGCACAGCAAAUGGAUCUGAACCGCCUUGUCUCUACAUAUCAACAGACACAGUACCUGAUUGGAUUAAAGAGUGUAUAAAUAAGGAACUUUGGACCAAGGGCAAAAUUAAUUGCCAAAAUUGUAAAUCGAGACUGGGAUCGUUUAAUUUCGUUAAUGAAAUUAAAUGCGAGUGUGGCGAGUGUCCAGUGCCACCGAUUAGGAUAAUUCGUUCGAAAGUCGACAGACCUGCGGACAGUCUACGAAAUUCCAUUGUUUAAUUUUUAGAAAAAGAGGAAAAAAAACGUAAAAAUUGUAUUUUGUUAAUGGUAUUAAAGAAAUUUCGAUUCGGAA